CAACCACAUGGCCUACUACAACCACACGGCCUACUACAACACCAAAACCAACAACUUCAAAACCCACAACAACUCUAAAACCCACAACACCAGAACUAUCAACUACUACAAAACCCACUACACAAAUGACCACAUCAACUAUGAAUCAAGAAGUGACGACAAUUGACACGAAACAAACAGAACUUCAUCAAUACAAACAAGAGGUAGUGAACCUCCGUAUCAUAGCAGUUGUUAUGGGUGUUAUAUAUCUGGGAUCCCUGAUCACCAUUCUUGUGAUAUGCCUCAUAUACAGACGCAAGAAGGAUGUUGAUCGACAAGAAGCUGCAACUGAUGAUGCAAAAGUAAAUGCAACUGAGAUGAAACCAAGAGCGAAAAAUCCACAAGACUCAGGAACAAGAGAGACUCAGGUCAAUGAGGGCAAUGCUAAUGGAGGUUAUGUAAAUGGGAACAAUGACAAUGGGGGCUAUGCAAAUGUGAACAAUGAUAAUGGGCCCCAUGAACAUGGGGAAGAUGAUGGGGGCUAUGUUAAUGUGAAUGGUGAUGAGAAGGAUGACAACAAGAGCAAUAAGGCCAAUGCUAAUGAAGAGAAUCCAUAUGAUGAGGUAGGAAAUGAGGAAAACAUUUAUUCAACAUUAGAUUUAAAAGAUAAACCUGCAGAUUCCACUCCUUCUAAGUAUGAAGUACUUAGAAAUAAGAGGUACUUGGGUAACAGACAGGAGCAUAUUGAUUGCUAGGACACUUAACCAACACACAAUUUAUUAACAUAUACAUGUAUAUAUGAAUUCAUUGCAUUCUUAGCUAUUCCAAUGCACAUUUACACUGUAUAACUUAUUUAGUAUUUUACUCUAUCUGGUGUUCAUUAGUUUUUCAUAAAUAUGCCAAGUGUAUCUCAGCCAAUCAGCUUAGAGUAUUUCAGUAUUUCAGAAAUGUUAGAUAACUGUUAAUGGUCAUAAAUAAUGUAAUAAAAUUAACUGAUCAAUCAGAUUGGCCCCCACGUGAUUAGUAACGUCAUACAUAAUAUAUAGUUUUGGUUCAUUGGUUCCUUAGUAAUCACAAAAGUCAGGGCAACCAUAUGAUUGUUGUGUAAACAAAUAACAAAACAUCUUGGCAUUAUGACGUCAUGAUUUAAUGGACUAAAACGGGCCAUAUGGGGACCAGUGAGAGAUCAUGUGGGGCCCAAUAACGUCACAACCUAUUCGAAU